GAGCACAGUGUGUUAAGUUAUCUCAGCAACCAUGCUGGCUGCCAGGCUGGUGUGCCUGAGGGCCCUGCCAUGCCAGACCAUCCGCCCCACCAUCACUCAGGCUUCCCCAGCCUUGAGGAGCUCCAGUAUAAAAGCAUACAGGCUGUGGCAGCCUAGCCAGAGUUAUGCCACCAGAGCAAGAACGGGUGCAAGGCGUGGAAAACUUGGCCAGGAAGUGAAAGAAGCAGCAUUUGAGCCAUCUGCAGACGCUGCACUUAAAGCUGAUCGCCUGGGGAAGUUCGUUGUUGCUGGAGGGGCUGCUGUUGGCCUGGGAGCCCUCUGCUACUAUGGAAUGGGCAUGUCCAGUGAGAUUGGAGCUAUCGAAAGGGCUGCUAUUUGGCCACAGUAUGUGAAGGACAGAAUUCAGUCUACCUACAUGUACUUUGCGGGCAGCAUUGGCAUGACAGCUCUGUCUGCUGCAGCAGUGAGCAGAUCUCCUGCAUUCAUGAACCUCAUGACAAAGGGCUCCUGGCUGGCAAUUGGUGCCACUUUUGCAGCCAUGAUUGGUGCUGGAAUGUUGGUCAGGACCAUAUCCUAUGAAAAUAAUCCAGUAGCUAAACAUGCAGCAUGGAUGAUGCAUUCAGGUGUCAUGGGUGCAGUGGUGGCUCCUCUGGCCUUCCUUGGUGGUCCUCUGCUCAUCAGAGCUGCUUGGUACACUGCUGGAAUUGUUGGGGGGCUCUCAACUGUGGCCAUGUGUGCUCCGAGUGAAAAAUUCCUGAACAUGGGAGGACCGCUUGGCAUAGGCUUAGGCUUUGUUAUUGCUUCUUCAAUCGGGUCCAUGUUCUUGCCUCCCACCUCUGCUUUUGGCGCUGGCUUGUAUUCAGUGGCGGUCUAUGGUGGCCUGGUGCUGUUUGGCAUGUUCCUGCUCUAUGAUACACAGCUGGUGGUCAAACGGGCUGAAACUCUGCCUGUCUAUGGAGUGGCCAAAUACGACCCCAUCAAUGCAUGCCUGGGUAUCUACACCGAUACACUGAACAUCUUCAUCCGAGUGGCCACCAUGCUUGCAAGUGGUGGAGGUGGCAGGAAAAAGUAAACAGAGACUCACCUUUGCAACUGUCUGACAGCCUACCUAGUGCACAUAUUAAAUAAACAUUCAUGGUUUAAGCAGUAA